CGGCACGGACCUCUCUGCUGGUGAUCAUGCCAACCAGGUUAAACUCAAGACUUGGGAUGUCGGCGCUUUCUGGUAUUUGUAGGGCAGCAAAGAGUUCCUCAACAAACAAGGCUGCCCUGAUGGAAUUGAAAAGCAUCAACGUUAACCAUGUUAAGAACACGUUUGCAAGAUUUGGGCAUGGUGGUACUGGUAGACGAUUCAGCACAAAUUUUGGUCACCUCAGUCAGCAAGACAACUUACUCCCAAAGAGAUACCUUGGCCAACCAACCUCAUUCACUCAUCCCCACCUGCUGAAGACAGAUGAAUUAACUCCAGGAAUUACUCUUCAAGAAUAUUUGAGUAGACGUACGCGUAUUAUGUCUGCUGUUGGAAGUUCUUUUAAUGCAACUUCUUCCAACCAUGCAGUGGUUGUGUUAGCAGCUGAUAAAAAGUACAUGACUGAUGGAAUACCCUACCCAUUUCGACAAAGUACAAACUUUUUGUAUCUAACUGGUUUCCAGGAGCCAGAUAGUGCUCUGAUUUUGGAGACGGUGCCAGGAAAAGCUUUACCUGAGCACAAGGCUACUUUAUUUGUGCAACAAAGGGACCCUGAAAAGGAGUUGUGGGAUGGUCCGAGGGCUGGUACUGAAGGAGCGUUGCAGUUUCUAGGUAUACAUGAAAGUAAACCAAUCGGAGAACUAAAUGAAACAUUACAUUGCCUGGCAAAGAAAGAUGAGUUAACUGUUUGGUACGAUAUUUUUAAGCCGUGUAAUAGAAAGUUACAUGAAGAGGUAUACACUCACUUAAUACAACCAUGUCGCACAAGAGGACACUCAAUUAAUACCCUUGAGAACACUCUAGAUUUACAAAGAGUCAUUAAAUCACCAGCAGAAGGAAAAUUGAUGAAAGCAUCUGCCUCCAUUGCUGCUAAGUCCAUUCAAGAAGUCAUCAAGUUGUCGCAUCCAGGAGUGAAUGAAUCUAUUCUAUUUGCCAAACUAGAUCACAGCUGUCGUGUUCAAGGAGCUGAAUUUCUUGCUUAUCCUCCUGUAAUAGCUGGAGGGAACAGAGCAAACACUCUUCAUUACAUUAGCAAUAACCAAGUGGUCUUAGAUAAUGAGUUAGUCUUGAUGGAUGCAGGGUGCGAGUUCCAUGGUUAUGCCAGUGACAUUACCAGAACGUGGCCAAUUAAUGGUCAUUUUACUCAACCACAGGCUGAAGUCUAUCAAGCUAUCUUAGAUAUCCAGAAACAAUGCAUCGAAAUGUGCAAAGUUGGGAGGACGUUAGACCAAGUGUAUUACUAUAUGUUGGUUGGUCUUGGUCGUCGUCUACAGCAGAUGGGAAUAGUUCAAUCUGGGCAUGAGGAAUGGCAGCUUUGUAAGAUAGCCAAGCAGUACUGCCCUCAUCACGUUGGUCACUACUUGGGAAUGGAUACACAUGAUACUGGAUGUGUUUCAAGAAAUAGUCCACUUCAGCCAGGUAUGGUGGUUACUAUAGAGCCAGGUCUGUAUAUUCCUGAGACUGACACCAAUGCUCCAGCCAAAUUCCGUGGUAUUGGGAUCCGAAUUGAAGAUGAUGUACUUAUCACAUCUGCUGGAUCACAAGUUCUCUCCCAAGAAUGUCCAAAGGAGAUCAGUGACAUUGAAGAGCUGAUGAAAAGGUAGUACAAUGUGUAUACAUGUAUCAUUUGAACAUGGACGGCAAGCCUGUCACACAGUACCUUACUCUAUUCGAUGCCUACAAGACUCUGACCUUGGCUAAAUACUUCGAGUUGUAGUACUAAAACAAAUAUAUUUUACUAUGUUAAUUAUUCAAAUGCACAGUAUAGGAUGGUUCAAAAUAAUAUAAUACAAUUAGAAAAAUGUAUCCCAACUGGAUUUUUAUAAAGUUACAAGAAUCUGGCACUAAGUAUUGGUGGACCAAGGUCCUAGCUUUUUCAUUUCUACCAAAUCAAUCCACGGCUGUUCCGCAUGAGUGAGCACUUGCUA